GUUCUCAUUAAUUGAAUCGAUAGUACAACCUUGAUAUAUAGCGAGGAACAAGAUACCAGUUCUCUCUGUGUUUGAGGAACCUGCUACUGGGCUCAAAUUUCCAUCCCUGCUCUCUGGAAAGCUGGUAUUAUUCCUUUCUCUGGAUAUGGCCAAGAAGGUUAUGCAUGCUGUUCGAUACGAAGGCUAUUGUGAUGGAGCCACUGGUUUACGGUACGCGGAAGUUCCAGUUCCUUCUCCAAAGAAAGAUGAAGUUUUGUUAAGGAUGGAAGCAGCAAGUCUAAAUCCUGCUGAUUACAAAAUUAAGAAAGGCAUGGCGCGACCAUUUUUGCCAUGCAAGUUCCCAUUCGUACCUGCUACAGAUGUAGCGGGAGAAGUGGUAGAUGUUGGGUCUGGAGUCAAGGAUCUCAAAGCUGGUGACAAAGUUGUAGCCAUGCUUGGCUUUUCUGUUGGAGGUGGUCUAGCUGAUUUUGUUGUGGCUCACAAGACCUUGACAGCAAAGAGGGCUCCGGAAGUGACAGCAGCUGAAGCUGCAGGCCUACCCAUGGCUGCCCUUACCGCACACCAGGCCCUCACCAUCUGUGCCGGGAUCAAGCUUGAUGGCAACAGCAGUGGCAAACCAGCAAACAUUCUAGUCACUGCUGCCUCAGGUGGUGUAGGCCACUAUGCUGUUCAGCUGGCAAAGCUUGGGAAUGCACAUGUCACAGCAACUUGUGGGGCUCGAAACAUUGAGCUGAUCAAAAGCUUAGGAGCAGAUGAAGUUCUCGACUAUAAAACCGCAGAUGGGGCAGCAUUGAGGAGCCCUUCUGGUAGGAAAUAUGAAGCAGUAAUCCACUGUGCAACAGGUAUUCCUUGGUCUACCUUUGAGCCGAAUUUGAGCGACAAUGGGAAGGUUAUAGAUCUCACUCCUGGCCCUAGUGCUCUGCUGACCUUUGUGUUCAAGAGGCUGACCUUCUCCAAGAAGCAGCUUAUCCCAAUGUUUGUAUGUGCCAAGAAAGAAAACUUGGAGUUUUUGGUUGGUCUGAUGAAGGAAGGGAAGCUUAAGACACUGGUGGACUCCAAAUAUCCACUGAGUAAUGCUGAAGAUGCUUUGGCUAAGUGUAUUGAUGGCCAUGCUACUGGAAAGAUCAUCUUGGAGCCAUAAGUUGGACCCUUGUGUUCACGCUUCUUUGGCAAUUAUUUUCUUUCUAGAUUAUCCUGGGGCCUAAAUGGAAAAUGUUCAGUGUUUCAAAUAAGUUAAUUAUCCAGUAAGAAUUAAAAUACUCACUAGUGGAGCUUAAUGGGGUUCAUUUGUAAA